AUGGAUGAACGAUUUAUGAAGAACUGCAAAACCUCAGAGUUAAAGUAUUCACCUAUUUCUCAGAUGGAAAGACUGAGAUCGGAACACACAAGUAAGAAACCAGAUGAGAUUGAAGAUUGGGAAACUCUAAGACUUGCUUUUGAAGAUGUGGCAGCUGAUACAAGGGACACUUUGAGUGACUGCCAGAGCUGGUCAGGUUGGGAGGGUGAUGCAAAAGGUUCCAACAUGUACAUGAGCCUGUUCAGCUCUGCAGCUAAUUCCUACAGAAGUCUGCAGUCAGCAGAGAAGCUGAUUAGCAUCCGGCAGCAGAGCAAGGGUCACCUGACAGACACCCAGGAGAAGGUAGAAUGA